CUAGUCCUAGGGCUCUCCGCUGAGUUUCUGGGAACCCCAAUUCAUUUUAGUUAUGGCGUUAAAAUUGUUUCCGAUACCAUUCCCGAUAUCUACACCGCUGUGGAACCCGAACCCGAAUCCGAGUCAGAGCUCAUCUCCGACCCACCAGCGGCCGCCUACCGAGAUACGCUUCUCGCGGUGGAACAACGCUAACGCCAGGGAAUUCAAUGAACGCCGGCGUGCACAGAAAGAAAUCGAAGAUGACAUCCGCCGGUAUCGUCGGUUUGACUCCGCUACUAAAAUCGUUCGUAAUUACGAUUCUGGCAUAGCAAACGCGAGUAUCGAGACUUUCAAAUCCAUAGGCACGCCUUCCUCUCCUUCAGCUCCCUCAAUUCGGGGCAGAAAAUCCAAAUAUUCCAAACCCGAAUCGCCUGAUUCCCACCCGGCAUUUCGAGGAAAAUCGAGAAUCGCCGAACAAACACAACCGAAAACGGACGGGAUACCAAUUGACAGAAAUGCCAACAUCAAAAUUAGUGAAGACGGCCUUUCUUAUGUUAUCGACGGCGCGCCUUUUGAGUUCAAAUACAGCUACACAGAGACGCCUAGGAUAAAACCCGUCAAAUUGCGAGAGGAGCCUUUCUCGCCUUUUGGGCCCACCACAACAGCCCGGCCGUGGACUGGGCGGGCACCGCUACCCCCGAGUAAGAAGAAGUUGAGGGAGUUCGACUCUUUUAAAUUGCCUCCGCCGGAUAAGAAAGGCGUGAAGCCGGUUCAAUCACCGGGCCCGUUUCUGCCUGGAUCAGGUCCCAGGUAUGUGUAUACGAGGGAGGAGAUACUGGGUGAGCCGUUGACGCGAGAGGAAGUUAAGGCUUUGAUCGAUGGGUGCUUGAAGUCUAAGCGCCAAUUGAAUAUUGGUAGAGAUGGCCUGACUCACAACAUGUUGGAUAAUAUUCAUGCCCAUUGGAAGCGACGGAGAGUGUGCAAGAUCAAAUGCAAAGGAGUAUGUACAGUUGAUAUGGACAACGUUUGCCAGCAAUUAGAGGAAAGAACUGGAGGAAAGAUUAUUUACAGGAAAGCAGGGGUGUUAUACCUGUUCCGAGGCCGAAACUACAACUACAAAACUCGCCCCCGCUUUCCUCUCAUGCUGUGGAAGCCUGUUACCCCUGUGUACCCAAGGCUGAUUCAACGGGUUCCAGAGGGUCUAACACUGGAAGAAGCAAGUGAAAUGCGCAAGAAGGGGCGGAAACUAAUACCAAUAUGCAAACUAGCAAAGAAUGGUGUGUACUGUAAUUUGGUAAAAGAUGUCCGUGAGGCAUUUGAAGAAUGUGAAUUGGUCAGAAUAAAUUGUCAAGGGAUUAAUGGAAGUGACUACCGGAAAAUUGGUGCCAAACUCAAGGAACUUGUGCCCUGUGUGCUGAUCUCAUUUGAGCAUGAGCAUAUACUUAUGUGGAGGGGAAGGGAUUGGAAAUCCUCCUUCACAAAACCAGUAAAUGAUAGCCAAGAAGCCAAGGGGUCUGAUGCUGAUAGUGCAAUUUCUAUUGUUCCGCCUAUGGAGGACCAAAAAAUUGAAAUGGUCUGUGUCAAAGAUGUUAUUAGUGUGCCAAAUAUAGGCAUGACUCCUGUAGGAUGUCAAGAGCAAACAGAGGAUACAUCUGUGGUACAAUUAGAUGAUGCAUCGGCAGCAAUGGACACUAGUUCAAUCAUAGGAGAAACAUGUGAAACUAAUACCAUGUUACAUAAUGCAGGCAGUUUUGCUAUUAAUGAGUCUGAAUCUAUAGGCUCUGAUAAUGAAAUCAAUGUUGCUAUAUCAGUGGGAUCUGACACCUCGCUAAAAAGUGUUGGGAGCACAGAGGAGGUCCAAGAUGGCUUAGAAGGUUCGCCUGAUCUUAAUGAACCAACAAAGGAUGUACCUUAUGCUAAUGGAGUUCUACAGUUGCGAGAACUAGCUGUUGAGAAUGGGAGGGCAGUUGUUUUGGCUGAUGCAAAUUUGGAUGCUGAUACUGUUUAUCAAAGAGCAGUUGCCUUAGCAAGGUCUGCUCCUCCUAGUCCAGUUUUUAGACAUCUACCAAAGAAGGUAGCAAUUCAACAGGGCGAGAAGCAAGAAGUCGGGGAUUUGCAAGUUAAAGAAGUUACAACUGUUGCCCAAACAGAAGUGAAGGAGAGAAGAAGUUUUAAACUCAAAAGAAGGAACGAUUCUAGUGAACAAUAUACAGAUUCUGCACCACAGGGAAGCCUAAGAGUAGAUGAACUUGCUAAACUACUAGCAGAAUAAUGUUUCCUUCGUCUUUUUCACUUGCCAUUGUCUUUUGCUUAUAGUUGCGGCUAAUUUAAUCUAAUUCUUUCAUGUGUCCAUUCCGUUUUGUUAUUCUCAAUGCAAUUAGACUUCUUUUUGGCUAAUUUUAUUUAUUCAUGUGGCUGGUAUUUUGGUUGUUCA